UUGGAGGGCUGGUGGUAGCGGCUCGGGGAGGUGUUCAUUCUCUCGGUCUCGCUCUCUCACUCGCUUCCCCCGGCUCCCUUCGGUGCCCCCCUCCCGUCGCCUGCGUGCGGGAGUGUGUGCGAGGGAGGGGGUGGGCGUCGGGGGGUGGGGGGAGGCGUUCCGGUCUCCAGAGACCCGCAGAGGGAGGCGGAGGCUGCGAGGGACGCCGGGAAGCCAUGGACAUCGAGAGGCUGCAGGAGGCGCUGAAAGAUUUUGAAAAGAGGGGGAAAAAGGAAGUUUGUCCGAUCCUGGAUCAGUUUCUUUGUCAUGUAGCCAAGACUGGAGAAACAAUGAUUCAGUGGUCCCAAUUUAAAGGCUAUUUUAUUUUCAAACUGGAGAAAGUGAUGGAUGAUUUCAGAACGUCAGCUCCUGAACCAAGAGGUCCACCCAACCCUAAUGUCGAAUAUAUUCCCUUUGAUGAAAUGAAGGAAAGGAUACUGAAAAUUGUCACUGGAUUUAAUGGUAUCCCUUUUACUAUUCAGCGACUAUGUGAAUUGCUAACAGAUCCAAGGAGAAACUAUACAGGAACAGACAAAUUUCUUAGAGGAGUAGAGAAGAAUGUGAUGGUUGUUAGCUGUGUUUAUCCUUCUUCAGAAAAAAACAAUUCUAAUAGUUUAAAUCGAAUGAAUGGUGUUAUGUUUCCUGGAAGUUCACCAAAUUAUACUGAGAGGUCUAAUAUAAAUGGGCCCGGAACACCUAGGCCACUUAAUCGACCAAAGGUUUCUUUGUCAGUCCCCAUGACAACAAAUGGCUUGCCUGAGAGUACAGAUGGCAAAGAGUCAAACUCACAGCAAAGUGAGGACAAAAAUCACAGUGACUCCCCGACACCUGAAUCGGAAAGUUCCUCAGUGAGCCCUAUAAAAAAUAAACAUCCAGGUGAAGAUGCUGUGGAAACUGAAGGGCGUGAGGUAAAAAGACUUCGGUUUGACAAAGAAAGUGAAGUGAGGGAGACAGCCAGUCAGACAUCUUCCAGUGAAAUUUCUUCAGUUAUGGUAGAAGAAACAGAAGCAUCAUCUUCAUCUCGGGAUAAAGACAAAGAAAGUAGUUGUACCAGGCAGCACUGUUCAGAAGAGGAGGAAGAAGAGGAGGAAGAGGAGGAAGAAGAGUCUUUUGUGACAUCAAGAGAAAUUAUCCCAGAAAGAAAAAAUCAAGAAAAAGAAUCUAAUGAUGCCUUGACUGUGAAUGAAGAGACUUCUGAGGAAAAUAGUCAAAUGGAGGAAUCUGAUCUGACUCAAGCAGAAAAAGAUUUACAUUCUGAAGAUAGUGAAAAUCUAGGCCCUGUAAGUAGUGGUUCUGAUUGCCGUGAGACAGAAGAAAUAGUAGGAUCCAAUUCCAGUAAAACUGGAGAGAUUCUCUCAGAAUCCCCCAUGGAAAAAGACCACAAAGCCCCAGAAGUCACAGAUGAACCAAUGGAACAAGACUAACUAUUUAGAAACAUUUAGAUGGGUAUUUUACAUACAGUUCUGGUUUUACACUGUAUAAAACUUUUAUGUAAUAAAGUGGACCUUUAGUUUUACAAGAGAAGCAGGUUGUAAAAUAAAGUACUUAGUGGGAUAAAUCCUGAAAGAGUUAUACAUGUAAGAACUGCGAGUAUCAGCUCCUCUGGGUCCUGCUUACCGCUGACUUUUUUUGGUUUGGUCAAAUCAGUGGUUUGUGUAUAGAUUUUCUUUUUUUUAAUUUAGAAUUAAAGUUUUUAAACUGGAAAGUAAUAAUUAUAAUUUUGAAAACCUUUUGGAGAUUAUUUAGUUUAUAUAUAUGCAAGAAAGCAUUUUGUCUUGUCUCUUUCUGACAGCUCUAGCAGUUUUCACAUUUUGGUCAUAGUUUCAACAUUUUAACGUGCAUUUUAGGGUUUCAUGCUGAUUUUCAGAUUUUAUUAUUUGACUAUGUACAAUGGAACUUUAAGUCAUACACACACACACAUACACAUAUUCUAAAAGGAGAAAUGUUAUAUUUUUCUGUUUCUAUAAGAGAUGAAUACAGUGGAUACUUUUUCUAUUGGUAAUGAGUAAGUUCACCUCAUUAAGUUCACCUCUUUCAGCAAACAGUUUCUUUCUCUUUUGAGUAAUUCAAAUAAAAUCUGGCCCUUGUGAAACCCUGAAAAUCUUGUCUGUUAAAAUACCAGGUUAAAUACAUUCCGAGAGAUCUGUUUAAACUAAAAUUCUUUUGUAUACUUCUGAGGUGCCUGAGAAAAAGACUUCAUUAUUUAUGAGCAAAUGUGCUUUUUCUUGGAAAUUGUGUUCAAACAUUAGCUUACUGUUUUGUAGAAUGAAUGCUUAUAAAGCUGACAUGAGACCAUCUCAGAAGAACCCGGUAGGUUCCUUAACCUUUUGCUUGCUUUUCUGAACAUUGUGAAUAUUACACGUUUCUUUCUAAAUUAUUCUAGAGUAUGCAAAUGUCAAUGAUAUGAAACACCACUGUACUGGAAGAAUUAAUAUAUUACUUUAGUAAUGUACUGGAGCUAAAUGACUGAAACUUUAGGGGUGCAUAGAACCCACCAUAAUUUGUAUGACAUUUUGAAGUGAAUUAAAUAUUUUUGAACAUGCUUCUUCGACAGCCAGUGUUAUAUUUUUCAGAUCAACACAAA